GGUGCAGAGGAAAGCUUUUCUUCUCACAGCGGCAGCGGGGCUUUCUCACCGCACACACCGGCUAUUCAUCACAGGAAACCGCGCACUCACGGCCCAGAAAACAAGGACACUUUCUCGGUCGUGUACCCUCCCCGUCCCUCCUUUCAGUUUUGGGACGUUGUUGCCUCCCUCCCCAUUUUUUAUUUAAUUUUUUUUAUUUAGUACGUUUUCCCUCUCUGACAGUGUCUCUGUGGCGUACUCAGGUUUCUUCUGCUGACAUGGUAGAUUAUCACGCUGCCAAUAACCAGUCGUCGUCCGGCGCAGUGCAGACCUACAUGGAGCAAGAGAAUGAUUGGGACCGGGACCUGCUGCUGGACCCGGCCUGGGAGAGGCAGCAGAGAAAGACAUUCACGGCGUGGUGCAACUCCCACCUACGGAAGGCUGGCACGCAGAUUGACAACAUCGAGGAGGACUUCAGGGACGGGCUCAAACUCAUGUUGCUGCUCGAGGUCAUCUCAGGCGAACGGUUACCCAAACCUGAGCGAGGCAAAAUGAGGGUCCACAAAAUCAACAAUGUAAACAAAGCCCUGAACUUCAUCGCCAGCAAGGGAGUGAAACUGGUGUCUAUUGGAGCAGAGGAAAUUGUGGAUGGAAAUGUGAAGAUGACGCUGGGAAUGAUCUGGACCAUCAUCCUCCGCUUCGCCAUCCAGGACAUCUCUGUAGAAGAAACGUCUGCAAAGGAAGGUCUUCUGCUGUGGUGUCAGAGGAAGACCGCUCCCUACAAGAAUGUCAAUGUGCAGAACUUCCACAUAAGCUGGAAGGACGGUCUCGCUUUCAACGCUCUGAUCCACAGACACAGACCUGAUCUCAUUGAUUACGACAGUCUCAGAAAGGAUGACCCAGUGACUAAUCUGAACAACGCCUUUGAGGUGGCUGAGAAGCACCUGGACAUUCCUAAGAUGUUGGAUGCAGAAGACAUCGUGGGUACUCUGAGGCCAGAUGAGAAGGCCAUAAUGACCUAUGUGUCCUCCUUCUAUCACGCCUUCUCUGGCGCACAAAAGGCUGAGACGGCGGCAAAUCGUAUCUGCAAAGUGCUGGCUGUCAAUCAGGAGAACGAACAAAUGAUGGAGGAGUACGAGAAACUGGCCAGUGAUCUGCUGGAAUGGAUCCGCCGCACAAUCCCAUGGCUGGAGAACCGAACACAAGAGAAGACUGUCAAAGAUUUGCAGGCGAAACAGGAGGACUUUAGAGAUUACCGCUGUGUCCACAAACCACCAAAGGUCCAGGAGAAAUGUCAGCUGGAGAUCAGCUUCAACACUCUGCAGACCAAACUGAGACUCAGCAACAGGCCUGCCUUCAUGCCAUCAGAGGGACGCAUGGUGUCUGAUAUCAACGGAGCGUGGCACACUCUGGAAGGAGCAGAGAAGGGCUAUGAGGAGUGGAUUCUUAGUGAGAUCAGACGUCUGGAGAGACUGGAACAUCUGGCGGAGAAGUUCCACCAGAAGGCUGCCAUCCAUGAAUCCUGGACUGAUGGUAAGGAGGCCAUGUUGACCCAGAAAGACUACGAGACUUCCACCCUGGCAGAGGUCAAGGCGUUGCUAAAGAAACACGAGGCCUUUGAGAGCGAUCUGGCUGCCCAUCAGGACAGAGUGGAGCAGAUUGCUGCCAUUGCACAGGAGCUCAAUCAGCUGGAUUACUACGACGCCGCCAACGUCAACGCUCGCUGUCAGAAGAUCUGUGAUCAAUGGGACAUCCUGGGAGCCCUCACCCACAGCCGCAAAGACUCACUCGAGAGGACAGAGAAGCAGCUGGAGUCGAUAGAUGAGCUUUACCUGGAAUACGCCAAGAGGGCGGCGCCCUUCAACAACUGGAUGGAGGGAGCGAUGGAGGACCUGCAGGACAUGUUCAUCGUCCACAACAUUGUGGAGAUCCAGGAUCUGAUCACAGCCCACGAGCAGUUCAAGUCCACCCUGACCGAGGCUAACAUGGAGCGGGAGGCUAUCCAGUCCAUCCAGGCCGAGGUGCAAAAGAUCGCCCAGAGCAACGGCAUCAAGCUGAGUGGAUCGAACCCCUACACCACCAUCACACCUGAGAGCAUUGACAACAAGUGGGAAAGGGCAAUGGCCAUGGUGCCGCAGCGUGACAACGCCCUGCAGGAAGAGCUUAACAAGCAAAAGUCCAACGACACUCUGAGAGCCACGUUUGCCACUCAGGCCAACGCCGUCGGUGCUUACAUCAAAGACAAAAUGGAGGAGAUUGGCAGGAUAUCCAUCGAGAUGAACGGCACCCUGGAGGACCAGCUGACCAACCUGAAGGAGUACCAGACCAGCAUCAUGUCAUACAUGCCUGAGAUCAACAAGCUGGAAGGAUACCACCAGCUCAUUCAGGAGGCUCUCAUCUUUGACAACCAGUAUACUAAAUACACGAUGGAGCACCUCCGUGUGGGUUGGGAGCAGCUUCUGACCACGAUCGCUAGAACCAUCAAUGAGGUCGAGAACCAGAUCCUGACACGUGAUGCCAAGGGCAUCAGCCAGGAGCAGCUUUACGAGUACCGCGCCUCCUUCAACCACUUUGACAAGGACCACAGUGGCGCCCUGAUGGCUGAGGAGUUCAAGGCCUGUUUGAUCAGUCUGGGCUACGAUGUGGAGAACGACAAGAAGCGAUCAGGACAGAUGGUCUCAGAUGAUUUCCGGGCUCUACUCAUUUCUACAGGAUACAGCCUGGGCGACACAGAGUUCGCUCGCAUCAUGAGCAUCGUGGACCCCAACGGCAGCGGCGCCGUCACCUUCCAAGCCUUCAUUGAUUUCAUGUCCACGGAAACCACUGACAGGGACACUGCAGACCAGGUCAUCGCCUCCUUCAAGAUCCUGGCCGCUGAUAAGAACUAUAUCAUGGCUGAGGAGCUGAGGAGAGAACUCCCUCCCGACCAGGCAGAAUACUGCAUCGCCCGCAUGGCACCCUACACGGGGCCUGACGCCGUACCCGGCGCCCUUGAUUACAUGUCCUUCUCCACCGCCUUGUACGGAGAAAGUGACCUGUAGAGGAGGAGGUGGUAGGAAGAGGAGGGCUGGAUAGAAGAGGGGGGAGGGGAUGAAGAGGGAAGGAAAGGUAGAGAGUUCUUCUGCACGUGGAGAAGGUGCCGGGAAAGUGGGCGCUAGGUGUGUGAGUGGUGUUUGUGAGGUGCCCCUGUGUGUGCCGGUUUAGAGGUGAUCUGAGCUUGUUGAUUGAUCUGUAGUUAGGUUUGGCCUCUGCUGAAUGUUUCCCAGCUCCAUUAUGUCAUGAACACGAUGACAGAAAUGACAUUUUGAAUCAAAGCUUCGUUGGAACGGGCAUAUCCAGGGGCAGCUGUAGGACGAACAGCUGCUCUGUAGUGUGGGUCCUUAGCUUCACCCUCUCUGCCUUUUUUUGUGGGGUCAAACGUGGGUUAGGAUUUUUGGGAGGGGCAUCAAAAGCUAAUCUGAUACUUAUGCUAAUUUUUUGUUUAUUUUAUUAUAAUUUCUUUUCUUCUUGCCAGGGGUCCAGGGCAUUAGG